GGACGAAGCCUGGACUUCCGCCUUCGGUCCCUCGUUAUUUAAAGCGGUAGGAAUUUCUUCAGCAGAUAAAAGAAAGAGAGGAAGAAAAAGUAAUGGCUGCCUCAGCUUCUAAGUAUGAUGACAACAAUCAUGAUGCCAUGGAAGCAUGGUACAUGGAUGAGAGCAUAGAGGACCAUAGGCUCCCUCAUCACCUUGAACCAAAAGUAUUUGUCUCCUCAGAUCAACUUAAAGAACUUGGAGUUCUCAGCUGGCAAUUGAAGGAAGAAGAAGAUGAAGUUAAUGAAGAUCUGAAAAACUUCUGUGCGGCAAAGGGAUACACUCAGCAGGUUGUAAUAGAAGUAAGCCCUGAAAAGCUACCAAAUUAUGAGAUCAAUGUGAAGAAGUUCUUCAAGGAACAUCUGCAUGACAAAGAGGAGACUCAUUAUAUAGCUGAAGGAAGUGAAGAUAUGGCUUUGCUUCUUCUUGUAGGUUAUUUUGAUGUGAGAGAUAAGAGAGACUGUUGGAUUAGAAUAGCAACAAAGAAGGGCUGUAUUAUUGCCUUACCUGCAGGAAUUUAUCACCGGUUUUCACUUGAUAGAACCAACUACAUAAAGGCCGUUCGCCUUUUCUCCGUCGGUGAACCAUUCUUAACAGCUUAUGAAAGGCCUAAUGAAGAUCUCAGAGUCAGGAAGGAAUAUGUUGAAGCUCUGAUGAAGAAGGCUCACGUUGAUGGGCAUGAAGCUGAAGCUCUUUAAUGGCAGAUGGAAGUAAUAAAAAUUUGAUCUUCAGUCCAAAUGAAAUAAGCCCGCUUAUUUUAUUGUAUCUCAUGUUGGAGAAUGGGUCUUGGAAUCUUGUUGUUGAAAUCCAAUCUAUUAGUUUAUAUGUUGUGGUUUAUUGGAGUAAAAGUUCAAAGUAGUCCUCCAACUAUUAAUAAAUAUGUAAUUUAGUCCAAGAGUUUUGCAUUGCCC